AAAAGAGAGAAAUCCAAAAAUUUGCGGCCUUAUUCGGGACUUUUCAUUUGCCCAAUGUCUCUAUGAGAUGAAAAGCGACGAUUCAUGACGAGAAGAUUCUGUUACGCUGACUCGAUGAACUCCGCCUGAGCUUGCCCUAACCUCCGACUCUCCCGCCAUCUCACAAAAUGUUUAUUCUUACUACAAUAUCUGACUUGGUGAAGAUUUCGCCGGCAGACUUCUCCAAGCCCAGCAUCCAGGCAAUAGAAGACAAUAUCAAUGCCAAAUAUGCCAACAAGGUCAUCCAAAAAGUUGGUCUAUGUAUAUCUUUGUACGACAUUCUGUCAGCGUCUGAAGGAAAUAUCGGGCACAUGACCGGCAUCGUCAACGUCAAUGUCGAAUUCCGCAUGAUUGUAUUCCGGCCAUUCAAAGGCGAAAUCCUAAACGGGAAGAUUAGCAGCUCAUCACCGGCUGGCAUUAGGAUACGACUAGAUUUCUUCGACGACAUUUUCGUCCCGCCACAUCUCUUAUUCGACGGAUCAGUAUUUGACCACCGGGAAGCGGUAUUCAUCUGGCGCACCGAAGACGGCGCCGAGCUCUUCUUCGACAAGAAUGAGACCGUGCGAUUCCGAGUGGAGGCCGAGUUCUGGAACGAUCAAUCUCCCGUGGGGCCGGGAUCAUUAGAAGCUCAGGCUAACGGGGGUGAGAAUGGUCACGGGUCAAGGAAAAGCCCGUAUGUGAUUGAGGCAUCAAUGUCCCAAGGUGGUUUGGGGCCGACGUUAUGGUGGUAAAUACGACAAAAAGAACAAGGAUAUUUUUGCAUCAUUUCAAAAGGACAUAGAGGAUAACUAUGAUUAUACUACGGAGUUACUGUUCACGAAUCAAUUUUUUUUACCGGGUC